AUGGUACUCCAUCCUCACCUGCCUAUUUAUCUUUUUGUAUGCGCUCAAGACAUCCCUAAAGGGUUUAUAGGUUGUCACAAAUUGGAAUCCGACGGAUUACCCUACUACUCUUAUCCCUCUGAUGCAAGUUUGCCAUUUGCCACCGUAGACCAAUGUGUGGCGAAUUGUCUUCAGACUAACGGCGGCUACAACUUCGCGUUAUUCUGGCAUACUCUCGAUCCCGAUAAUCCGGGGAAGACAAUCCCUAAUUGUAGAUGUUAUCCUUACACUGCUGACGUUCCCUACGUCGCCGGAGAUCCAUAUGGAGGUUGUGAGCUUCAAGGUAUAGGACAUGUCUAUGCGGAAUUUGAGACCAAGCCCGCAUACACUUUCACAGGAUGUUGGUCUGCCCUCAGCUCUACCGCUCCCACGCCGUUUACAGUCUUUGGUAUCGCGGGGUGCUUGGAGAAUUGUAUAUUCAAAAAUACUGAAAAGACCUUACGAUACGCCAUAGUUCAAUCGGAUCCUCGAGGGGAUUGGUUCUGCCGUUGUUCAGAUACUGAAUCAGACCUUUUACCGGUUUCGCAAAGGACGAGAGAGAAUUGCGAUACGAGGAAAAUGUAUAUCUAUCAAUGUUCUGGGAACGUGGGUCCGAGCCAAGCUGCCAAGAGAAGAGAGAAAUACAUAGGACUGGAGAAGAGGAAUGAGGAGGAGGUAUUAUGCCCGGUAGGUUUGGAAGCUUGUCCAAUUUCGGUAGAAGGGCAUCAUGAUGAUUUUGAGUGCAUCGAUACAAAAAUCGAGCUGGAGUCUUGUGGUGGAUGUAUCUUUGGAACCAGUCCUACCUCAGUAGACUGCACAUCCCUUCCUGGUGUAUCACCUGAAUCGGUGCUAUGUUCAUCAGGUACCUGCCAGGUACUAGGAUGCGAAGACGGAUAUGUCUUGAUUGACGGAACUUGUGUGUCUCAAGACGAAUGA